CUCCGUGCCUGCAUCCCCCAUCCCGGGCUGGACCCCCCAACACCAAGGGUCCCACUGCCAGGGUUGGGGGGGCCCAGGCUGCCCCGUACCCCCCGAUUGAGGUGGCUCUGAGCUGUGGGGCGUUGAGGACCCCUCCGGGGGUGGGGGGGGUGGGGGGGCCGUGGUACCCAACCCUUUAUCAUCGAGCCCAUGGCGGCCAAAUGGUUCAAGGAAUUCCCUUCCAACUUGAAGACCGCGUCGGAACGAUCUCGGCCGGGCAGCGGGAGCGUAGCCAAGAGCCGUAAGAACUCAGCCGCCGAGUUGGGGGGCUGCCGAGCCCCCCCCGGGGGUGGCAAAGAAGGAGGUGGGCGCCUGUCAAGGGAUAACCUACAAGGUCUGCUCCAAGCCGCCACCGGAAAGAUGCGGAAGAAUUCCCGAGUGGAAAGUGGGACCCCAGAGGGUCCCCCCAAAACUUGCGGCACCUACAUCAACCGCCUCAUCAAAGUGGAGGCGAACGAGAAGAACGGGAAGGGGUACCCCAGCCCCCCGCCAGCCAGCCCGACGGCCCUCGAGCAGGACAAGGGGAAGCCCCCCAAGAUGGAGACGGUCAUCAUCCUGGAGGACUACGCCGACCCCUAUGACGCCAAGCGCACGAAGGGCCAGCGGGACGCUGAGCGCCUGGGCGAGAACGACGGCUACAUGGAACCCUACGAUGCCCAGCAAAUGAUCACAGAAAUCCGCCGUCGAGGCUCCAAGGACCCGCUGGUCAAGGCCAUCCUCCUGCUGGAUGGUCCUGGUGAACCCAUGGAAGGGAGCGGCAAACCAGAGCCAGCCAAGUGGCCAGGGGGCAAGGAAACAGCCGGAAAGGGAACGCAGCUCUAUGAUACCCCCUACGAGUCCGGAGAUGGGGGGACUGGGGGAACCCCAGAGCGCAGGGCGAGGGUUGGGGAUGGGCGUCUGCCCGAGAACGACGAGCGCCCGGCGGGAGAGUACGAACAGCCAUGGGAGUGGAAGAAGGAACAGAUCGUCAAAGCGCUGUCAGUCCAGUUUGAGGGCUCGGAGCGUCCCAAAGAGGAGGCACCGCGGCAGCACCUACGCCAGAAGAGUUGGACCCCCAAGAUGCUGAAGCCGGUGGGCACUGAGCAGAGCGAGGGGGAGCGGGUGGACCCUGCCCUGGCGCUGGAGAAGCAGCCGUGGUACCACGGGGCCAUCACACGAGCUGAGGCGGAGAAUCGGCUACAGGCGUGCCGAGAAGCCGGAUACCUGGUGCGCACCAGCGAGACCGGCAGCGGCAAAUACUCCAUUGCACUCAAGACCAGCCAGGGUUGCGUCCACAUCAUCGUGGCGCAGACGAAGGACAACAAGUACACGCUCAGCCAAGCCAGCGGCGUCUUCGCCAGCGUCCCCGAGGUUGUGCACUACUACUCCACCGAGAAGCUGCCCUUCAAGGGGGCCGAACACAUGGCCCUGCUGCACCCCGUCCACUGCAAGCUGCAUUAGCGCCCGCUGAGGCUCCCCCAGGCUGCCCUGCGACCCCCCCAGCCCCGCAGCACCCAUGGGGAGGCUCUGGCGUGGGACCCCUUGGUCACCCCCUCAUCCCUGGGGCUGGGGGGAUACAGCUCCUGCCCAACGGCCGCUGUUUGGACCCUGGCAGGACUGCGGUGCCCAUGUGCAAGGACGGAUCCUGCCCACCCGGUGCCGGAGCUGAGCCACAGCAGGGCUGACUCCGUCACCAAGGGUGGUGGUGGGGGGGGCACAGUGAGAUGGGGAUGUGAAAUGAAGUAGGAAAAUAAAUGUGUU